AUGGCUUCCAGGCACACCUGGGGUGUCCUGCUGCUGGCGGGGCUGCUCCUGUGCACGCAUGCCCUCGUCCCCGCCUCGGCGCAAGAAACGCCCGCGGCCGCUGCGACACCUGCCGAGGAACACGACCACGAACAUGAUCAUGCUACAGAGGUAGCUGCAGCCGGCGGUGCAGUGCAGGGUGCGGCAGCAAACCAGGCUGCUGAUGCGGACCACGCAGCAGAAGGCGCUGAAGGGGAGCAUGCUCACGAAGAGGAAGCGGCCGCAGAGGAGCACGCCCAUGAGGAGGGAGAGGAGCUCGCCGAGGAGGAGGCCGACCUUGCCGCCGCUGCUGACGCCGACCUUUUGGAAGAGGAGCAUGCAGACCAUCCCGAAGGGGAGCAUGCAGACCACGCCGAAGACGCAGCUGGCGACGCACAUGCGCAUGACGAGGACGCCGCGCACGACCACAGCGGCCAUGCGCACGGCGUCAGCAUCAUGGAGUUCGCCGCGGUGGCGGCGGAGCUGGGGUCUGUGGAUGCGGCCAAGGAGGACGUGUGCAGCAUGGAGGCCAGCGAGGACUACAACCUGGGCCUGCACAUCGGCUCCGUCUUCAUCCUGCUGGGCGUCAGCGCGGGGGGCGCGCUGCUGCCCGUGGUGCUCCACAUCUCCAGCAAGAGCGGCAGCGUGAUGGCGGUCAUCAAGAUGGGCACUUUCUUUGGCUUUGGCACCAUUCUGUCCACGGCAUUCAUACACAUGCUGCUCCCUGCGGCCCAGAACCUCUCCUCCCCUUGCCUGCCCGAGUCGUGGAACGAUGCAUACGAGGCCUGGGCCUACCUCUUUGUCACCAUCUCCAUCGUCUUCAUGCAGCUGAUCGACUUCCUGAUAGAGGGGGCUUACCAAAAGUACAUUGAGCGGCGAGGCGGCCAGCCGCACGUGGAGGCCUGCCACGAGCAGGCGCACGACCACGACAAGCACACUCACCACGCCGCGGUGGUGGGCGCCCUUGUCAGCAUGCACAGCAGCAAGGCGCAGCUGCACGGAAACAUGCCGUCGGCCAGCGAGCCGCCCAGCGACGUGGAGGCGGGGCAGACGGAGAGCAGCGAGUUGGGCGAGGAUGGCGACACUUGCGCUGUGCAUGGCAAGGGCUGCAACACGCUGAUCAAGCACAAGCAUGACCCCUCCCAGAUUGUGGGGAUCUACCUGUUGGAGGCGGGCAUCAUCUUCCACUCAGUGCUGAUUGGCAUCACGCUGGGCGUGACGGGCGGCAGCGCCUUCAACACCCUACUCGUCGCGCUCUCCUUCCACCAGUUCUUCGAGGGCUUCGCCAUCGGCUCCGCCGUGGUGGAUUCGGGCAUGACUGCACUGCGCAGCAUGCUGAUGGGCCUGGCAUACGCCGUCACCACCCCCAUAGGCAUCGCCAUUGGCAUCGGCAUGCGCGAGUCGUUCAACAAGAACUCCACCACCACGCUGAUGGUGGAGGGCAUCUUUGACUCCAUAUCCACCGGCAUCCUCAUCUACGUGGUGCUGGUGGAGCUGAUCAACCCGCUGAUGACGCAGUCGGCAUGGCUGCGCAGCCGGCGGUGGUGGGUGCAGGCCAUGGGCUUUGUGUCCUUCUGGGGCGGCGUCACUGUCAUGGCCGUCAUCGGGAAGUGGGUGUGAUGCGGUUGCAGAGAGGUGGCGCCCUCCAGCAGGGCGCCACGUGGCAUCCAUUUCCUCUUCGUGCGAAUUGCACAGCACGCGAGCAAGUGCUUGGUUCAGUUGUUUACGUUACUCCCUCCCUUACCAGCUGGAUGCCACAAAUCCAAAUAAUAAAGUUUCAUUUUGUUCCCCUUACAAUACUAUGUAAGAGUUUCAGUGUGUA